GUGUGUAAGCAAGCGACGCGUUGAACGAACGCGCUCAGCAGGAGUGUAUCAGAGACAUCGGCUAUAUAAUUAAGAAUAUCCAGGGGUCGAGCCUCCACGGUGGUGAUGUUUACGCCGUGAGACAGCUGCACGAUGGAGACCGAGGAAACGUCCCCGUUUCGGGUCGCCUCAACAGUGAGAGCGCUGCGGUUCGCUCUGCGGAGGGACGUGGAGAACGAAGCCGACGCCGAGCGCGCUGACAGCGGGGAGAGGAGCGCCAAUGAGCGCGACAAGCUCUGGUUCAAAGAGAGCAGCGCCAAAAACCUGAGAAACCGAGACUUCUUGGCGCCCAACACGGUCCUGGCCACACUGUACGCGCACGGACAGGUUCCUUCCGCGGUUCUCAGUCGGAUCCUCUCUCAACGGGGAAAUGGUGUGUUGCCGGUAGCAGGUUGUGAGGUGACGGCGGAGGGACUGCGUGUUUCUGUGGACCGCUGUGCAGCUUUCAGAGGGGUUCUGUGUGGAAUGGCCGCGUACCUGAGGCCUGCGGCUCAGAGACAGGGAUGUGUCCUGAUUAACUGUCCUGCACUACAUGCCAAACAAGCUCCUCCUUCUCCAGACAGUCUCACACUGGGGCAGCUCCGCACCAUUCUCAUCGCUGACCACACAGGAGCCCUGCUCAGGAGACAAGGGUACUCUGUCUCCUUCUGUCCUGCCUUACCCGAGGACAGUGAUAUCAUCAACUGCCUCAGAACGCUGGGCAUUGAUUGGCCAGCUGUGUCCGUUAGCUGGACCAACGAGGAGAGAGAGGAGAAGAUAAGGAACACCCUUGAGAACUGUACCUACAGAGAGCGAGAGAAGGAGAGAGGGAAGAGGGGGAGCAGAGGGGAGGAGAUGGAGGGAGGGGAUGGAGGGAUGAGUGACGAGGUUAGGAUAAACCUUAAGCGAGUCAUGGAGGAGGUGGAGCUGCACGGCUAUGACCCCAGUCUAGGCACCUGUACAGUGCAGAGAGAAGCAUUGUGUCAUCUGGCUCAGCUGGACAGAGCUAUAGAAGAUUUUCCUGCGUCGAUGGCAACAGUCCUGCAUGUCACAUCCUGUCAGGAUGAGUUCCGCCAGCAGCAGACAGCCAUGCUGUGGAGAGCGGCUGGCACCACGGCAACACAGAGGCUGGUAAUAUGUGGUCCAGUAAAGACUCCUGGCUCUCAGAUGAGUUCAGCUCAAUAUCUACAGUUAAGAAGAGCUCAGAUGAAGGAGGCUUCGGAAAUGAAGUAUGGAGAUCAAGUAGAGGGGCAGACUUGGGAGGACAUCAUCAGGGUCAUGACCUGUGCCACAGUUCGGUUUGAGCUGCUUUCUACUGUACACACAAGCCCAGUCACUCUUGACGUGCAGCGUGAAGGAGGUGUAUCCACAAAGGGCCCCAGGGGAGGAGUGUUUGUUAUGUACAACUGUGCUAGACUUCACACUUUGUUCAGCAGCUACGAGAAGGGUGUAGAGCAAGGUCUCUACCCAGAAGUCCCUGCAGGCACAGAGUUGGACUUUUCUGCUCUGAAAGAGGAGGGGGAGUGGCUUCUUCUCUUCAAUUACCUCAUUCCAUUCUCAGAGCUUCUGGACCAAUCAGCACAGGCCCUGGAGCUUGAGGGGGGAGGAGCCAGAGUUAAUUUAAGAACCGAACAGGUCUGCAGAUUCCUGGUGUCUCUCAGUAAAGACUUCAGUUCUUACUACAACAGAGUUCAUGUGCUUGGGGAGCCGUUACCUCAUCUCUUUAAUCAGAUGUUUUGCCGGUUAUUGUUGCUGAAGGCUUUGAGAGAGCUUUACCACAACGCACUGGAUUCCUUAAAUCUGCCCCCAAUUCCUCAGUUAUAGCACUGAAUCACCCCAGAUAUUGAUUAUGCAGCUCCAUUACACAAUACUGAAAUAUUCUAGAAGAGCCACCUUAUUUCACAACUGUAUAUUUCAAACACCUGAGAGAAAGAAUUAGGAUACAGGAUUGUCCCCCUAAAACAUACAGAGACCAAAAGAUGUUCUAAUUUUGGACCCUGUCCUCAAACACAGUGGAACUUCUCAUUUCCUACAGUCUCUUCAGUGAUUCUGAAAUAUCCUCUUUCCCCUUUCUAUCAAUGCAUCUCCCUCUCUAGAAGAGCUGAUGCUAGUGACUAUCUUCCUUUUCUCUACUCUCAUAACUUUUAUACCUUUCAUAAUGCUUGACUUUUUCUUAUUUAUUAGCCCCAUAACUUAAUUUAUGGGGUUAAUAGCACCAGUCACUUCCAUUGUAACAGUUGGCCCCUUUGCUUCUCUAUCAGACCCAUUGCUUACCUGUUAUAAAUAUUACCCCCUUUCAUUACCAUCAUUCUGCUUCUGCAACAAUAUUAUACCCAAAAUUAUUACUUUUCUAUAGUAAAAGUCCACCUAAUCCUAUUUUAUCUGUUGUACUGCUAUGAUGGCUCUUACCACAUUCAUAUAGUCAUUUCAUAGCUACUGUCAAUUUCACAGCCACUGCCCCUAUAUUCUGACUGUCUGUAGAUCCUGCACUGCUUCCCUAUAGCAUGUGUGAGAACCACCCACACUCAGAUACUGUUCAGCAGUUGCAGUUUUUCGUUACAGAAUUUCAUCCAAUCUGUACUGUUAGAAAUAAAUAGCAGCAGUUACCGCAGGGACUGUCCCUGUUUCAUAGAUGCGUCAGUCAUGUCUUAUAGAGUCAGUCUGUUAGUGCCAUGUAGAUAUCAGUGUCGCUGCUGGACACAUGGCCAGGUUUUGAGUGAUUGAUGUCACCUUGUUUGUCCAAGUACUUGAGCACAUUCUCCAAGAACACUUCCCUCUUUUGAACAUCCAUCAUAAACACUUGUUUCAGAUGUAGCCUGACUCCUUAUUUAUUGUAUUUAAAGUCCCAGGGAACUAAUAAAUAAAAAUAACAAGAUAGAAAUAUAACCAAACAGCUUAAAAAUCAAUAAUCAGACCUAUCUAUCUGACCUAUUGAGAACUGUCUGUACAUGUUCUUUAUAUUGUGAUGAACACCUAUAAUUCACACCCCUCUGUCCAGCACGGCCAUCCUGCUAUGCCACUGAAGCAGCCAGUGUGAAGAGUGAAACAGGCUCUAUGUAUGCAGGUGGUGUUGUAGACUCUCCCUGCUGUGUCCGUGAUUCACUAAACACAUUAUCCGGCUUUUAUACAGGAACAGUUUAAAGACGUUAAGGUUCUUAUUCACUUCACUGCUGGAUAUGUAUCCGGGAAUGCUGGCGUGGCCGUUGAACAAGCGAACAGAUGAAUGAAUGCACUGUCAAGCAACAGGAAAACAGAUUGCUUAAUAGCUCAUUUAUGCAUACUAGGUUAUUUUUUGCUUUGUUGUUAGCUUUCGCUCUGUAAGUUCCUCCGACUCAAACGCCGAGAGACCAUAGGGGCACACAGUUUUGUCAAACCACACCAGCCUUAUGAUUGGUGAGGAUACUGCUUUCGUGUGCAUGACCCAAGAUUGGCUGCCCAGUUUACGCUGAAAGAGGAAAAUUUGGGGGAUUUUGGAAAGUCAUUCAUAGGACAUUCUUUGUAUAUGUAAACACAGAUUUAGGUUCCCUGGGGCUUUAAUGCUUCCUGUACCAUAGAUAUUGUACCUAGUGUGGAGUUUCCUCUUGAACUCCUUGUACAGUCGAUUCAUCUCUGUACCACAGUACUAUUUCCACUGUAUGCUACUGUAGAUGCACACAGCUGUAAAACAAGUGCCAUAAAGUUAGAGUUAAUGCAGUCUCAGUGCUCUUAAUGUGCCAAGAGUGCUGCCCCAAGACCUUGCUGAGUACAUCUGUGCCAUACACUGACUGUUCUUAACAAUGUGUGUGUGUGUUUGAGUGUGUGUGAGCAGAUGUGAGAGUUAAGUGUGAAGUUACUCCUUGACUCAUCUCAGAUUUUGUCAGUGAGUUCAACUACUGUAUUUUGAGAAAAAAAGAUCAACCCACUCUGUUUUAAUGAAUAAAUGAGUGUCUAUCUCAGCUGUUGGAA